UUGUUUUCCCCCAAUUCCCCGAUAAUUCAAGCCACGUGUGCUGGCGGUGGAAUUUGGAGCCGCUCAAAAAGACAAACAAGAGGAAGGCAGAGAAACCCAGAUUUGCUGAGCUUGUCAUUGGAAAUGGCCUUAUCUGUUGAAGGAAGGAGUUGGGUGAUAUAGAAGCCAACAUUUCCCCCCGUGGGGUGAGGGAUCCCAGAAGAACAGUCAUGUCCAAACACCACCUCUUCUUAGAUUCUGUCCUCUUUUUUGUGUCCCUUCUCCAGCCAGUAGCUACAGGUCACUGCCAGAUGUUCAACAGAUUCAUCUGCAGAAAGCCAGCCCCCUUUGUUCCUGGCCAUAACUUCAUUGGUGAAGGAGUGGACAUCACUACUCUGGCCAGGAAAGGGGCAUACGUGGUGGACACCAGCCAGUGGCAGGGAGUUAAUGGGACAUGCACUCUGUGCCAAAACCCUCUGAUGGCUGGGCAGCUCCAGAGACUCCCUCUGGCUGGCGUGGACUGGCGGGCACACGGCGAUUGCCAUCGGCAAGUGAGCAGCUCCGUGGAGAACUCAGAUGUGGAUGUAGCCCACGCAGUGGCCAGGGAUGUGAACAACGACUGGGAAAUCGAACUGGGGUUGCCCAAGGAGGCAAAAAAUGACUGGCAGGUAGCACUAGGACUCUCCAAGGCCCAGGUGGCCUUUGCUGGAUCUCGGUCUCGCAUGACACUCUAUGCACAUGGCAAAUCUCUCCAAGACAGGUACACCUUUGUGAAGCAAGAGAUCUCCUGCAAAUUCUAUAGGCUAAGACUUUUGCAAAGUCCCUCGCUGUUGGCCCAGCACUUCUCCCAUGCGGUGGACAGGCUGCCAAGGACAUACAAUCUUGAGGAAUACCAGCACUUUAUCAACAUCUAUGGCACCCACUACAUCAGCCACGUACAGCUGGGUGGGCGAGUGCGACACCUUCACGCUGUGCGGACUUGCACCAUGGCCUUGGCGGGUUUAACCCUUUCCAGAGUCAAGGACUGCUUGAAGUGGGAGGCUAGUUUAGGACACGAAUGGCUAUUAGGAUCCAGUUCCCUCAAUUCCAAGUGCCAAGAGCUCUGGGGGACCAACGGCCAAGGGAAUUUUUACGACAUCUACACCGGUCAGAUCACGGAGGUGGUGGGAGGAGACCAGCGGGUAGAGAUGCUGUUCUCACAAACUGGAGAGGUCCAGCUCUUUUUGGAAUGGAUGAAGACGGUCAAACUAAAGCCUGGCCUGGUCUCCUUCUCCUUACUCCCCCUCCACACCUUGUUGAAGCAAACAGACCCAAGGAGGAAUUUGCUGAAGCGAGCCAUCAUGGGUCAUAUCAUCCGGAGAGCCCUUAGGAGAGAUUGCCCACAAAACUGCCCACCCUGGAGUACCCAGAGCUCAGACAACAGCUGCACAUGUACAUGCCAGGCCGACGCCGUCGUCAAUGACAUGUGUUGCGCCUGGGAACGGGGACGGGCACGACUCAGCUUCACCAUUUCCAGUGGCUCCAACCUUUGGGGUGACCAUUUCACUGCCACCGAUGCCUAUGUCAAGGUUUUCUUCCACGAUCAAGAAAGGCAAACCAGGGUCAUCGGGAACAAUAACCACCCCAAUUGGUCCGAAACCCUAGAUUUUGGGGUCGUCACGCUGCACGGCUACGAUCCUUUUACGGUGGAACUCUGGGACAAAGACGUCUGGCGUGACGACCUCUUGCAGAAAUGUCGCGGCAGUUUGGUGGCCGGAGGAGGUCCUGUCUGGUUCACCUGCUACUCCUCUCAUGGGCGCAUUGAAUUUUCUUACUUGUUGGAGUGCGGCCGCACCUUGGGAGGCCCCAGCUGCUAUGACUAUGUUCCCUUACGGCUCCCGACAUCAUAUUUCAGCAAUACCAGUUCCCCGAUCCGUGCUUUAUCCUUGUCCCGUAUGUUUAAGGAAGACUACCAACUGCAGGAGUAGACAAGAUCCAAACAAAGACUGGGGCAUGACCUAGCAAGGGCCGUGGGUAGAGCCAUGGAGAAAAUGUAGGGUGCAUCUACACCAGUGACUCCCAAACUUUAGUCCUUCAGGUGUUUUGUACUUCAGAUCCAAGAAGCCCCAGCCAAAAGUCUGCAAUUCUGGGAUGUGAAGCCCAAAACAUCUGGAGGACAGAAGUUUAGGAACCACUGACCUGUACUGUAGAAAUAAUGCUCUUUGACAGGAGUAGAUCAAAUCCAAAGAAAGCCAAGUAUAAGCACAUAAACUACCAUGGCUCCACCCUACAGAAUGCUGGGAUUUGUAGUUUUGGCAGAGAAGGCUAAAGACCUUGUAAAACUGCAAAUCCCAGGACUCCAUAAGAGUGAGUUAGAGCACUUAAACGGCCUUAUUUCUAGGGUGCAGAAUGCACUCAUAGCCACAAUAAUAGGAUCCAGGUUGGUCCAAGGGUGGCAACUGCUUCGAGAUAUCGUUUUAUAUAUGGCAAUGAGUCUUUUAAUUGAUUUAAAUAAAUGAAGAAAUGAAUAAUGAUAACAAUCUCUGGCUGUUAAGACCUAAACCUACCAAAUAAAUCUGUUAAGCCUCACUUUUAAAAC